AUGGACCGAUUUGUUAAGAAGCAUAAAUUAGAAGACGCCGCAGCACCCGACGAUACUCAGGUUCCAGAGCAGUUGAUUGAAGCUGCAGCUGCUACCGUUAGCACUGCAACCACUCAGCUGCAGUUGCCGAAAAAUGCCGCCGGCAAUCCGCAACUCAAAGUUCGCCAGUACAGUGACAACUACUUAGCUCUGGGAUUCACUUGGAUGGGAGACCCUGACUGCCCUUCACCAUUGUGUAUUGUUUGUGGCGAAAAGCUUGCCAAUAGUGCCAUGGCGCCAGCUAAACUUAAGCGGCAUUUAACAACUAGACAUCCGGAGGUAUCAGACAAAAACGCACAGUACUUUCAGAGGACAUUGGCCUUGAAUAAGAAGCAAACAGCUGCGUUUGAGAAAAAGUUCAAGAUAAGUAAGAAACCUCAAGAAGCAAGUUAUGCUGUGACAGAGAUUGUUGCUAAGAAAAUGAAAUCGCAUAACGUCACUGAAACGGUAAUUUUACUUGCAUGCCAAGAAAUGGUGAGGAUUAUGUUUGGAGAGGAUGUCGUAUCAGAAAGUAAUAAGAUUCCGCUUUCAGACAAUACUAUAAGUAGGCAUAUUGCUGACAUGUCCAGCGAUACUGAGCGUAAUGUUCUCUCAAAAAUUAAAAGUCGUGGGUUCUUUGCAAUUCAGGUCGACAAGAGCACAGACAUCAGCAGUAAAGCACAGCUGCUUGCAUUUGUUCGCUUUAGUGACAAUGAAGCUAUUAUGGAAGACUUUUUUUGCUGCAAAGAGUUGCCAGAAACAACAAAAGGACAAGAUGUUUAUGACGUUUUAAAUUCACCUUUUCAGUCUUGCGAGUUGACUUGGGAAAACUGUGUUGGCAUUUGUACGAACGGUGCGCCUGCAAUGACAGGAAAUGUCAAAGGCUUUGUCUCGCUGGCACAACAACAGAAUCCCAAUAUUAUCGUCACUCAUUGUUUUCUUCAUAGAGAAGCACUGGUUGCUAAAACAAUUGGACGUGAACUAAAGUCUGUACUGGACAUGGUGGUGAAAAUAGUUAAUUACAUGAAGAUGAGACCACUAAAGUGUCGUCAGUUUGCAAAAGUUUGCGAAAGUGUGGAAGCAGACCACGUCACUCUCAUCCAGCAUAUAGACGUACGAUGGUUGUCUCGGGGAAAAGUUUUGCGUCGUUUCUAUGAACUAAGAGAAGAGAUGGUAGUCUUCUGUUCGCAAGGAAACCUGAAGGACUUUGCAGAAGUUCUGGGCGAUGAAUCUUGGUGUUCUAAGCUAGCAUAUUUGGCUGACAUAUUUCAUGAAUUGAACUUCUUGAACAGUGGCAUGCAAGGCAGGAAUGAAAACAUCUUGACGUCAACGGACAAAAUAAGUGCUUUUCGGAAAAAAUUGACAAUUUGGAAGAAACGCGCAAGUCCAGGGAACGUGGAAAUGUUUCCUAGUGUUGUUGACAGAAACUGUCAGGACAUUUUGCCAUUGAUUUUGAAUCACUUGGACACACUGUUGGCAGGUCUAAGCAAAUAUUUUCCGUCAAUAUCCAUGGACCAGUACGACUGGAUUUGA